AUGUCUGACGCCGCCGUUGUUGAAGCCACCGCCUCCCCAGUUGCCGCUGUUGAGAAAAAGGCACCAAAAAAAGCCGCUGCCAAAGCAAAGAAGCCAUCAGCUGCCCCUACCCACCCUCCAACCCAGCAAAUGGUUGAUGCCGCCAUCAAGACCCUGAAGGAACGUGGAGGUUCAUCAUUGCCCGCCAUCAAGAAAUACUUGGCCAGCACCUACAAAGUAGAUGCCCAAAAAUUGGCCCCCUUCAUCAAGAACUUCGGCCUCCAAGGAACCCAAAGACUGAACCCAAAGACUGCUGAAAAGAAGAAGAAGGCCCCAGCCGCUGGUGACAAAAAGAAGAAGGCUGCCGCCCCUAAAAAGGCCGCUGGUGAGAAGAAGGCAGCUGCCAAAAAACCCUCUGCCGCCAAGAAGACCGCUGAAAAGAAGAAGGCCGACAAAACAAAGGCAAAGGCUGCCAAGAAACCCGGUACAGUUAAAGCUAAACCAGCAAAGACCGCCGCCAAAGCAUCUGCCACUAAACCAAAGGCACCCAAGGCAAAAACUGCAGCUGCUAAGCCCAAAAAGGCCGCAGCAGCAAAGAAGCCAGCUGCUAAGAAAACCGCCGCCAAGAAGUAA